AUGCUGGGCAUAGACCCCAAGCUAAUGCGCCACAAGCUGGCAGUAUAUCCAGAAUCUCGGCCAGUACAACAGAGGCGUAGAAAGCUCAGACCAGAAGGAUCCCAAGCUGUGGAAGAACAGACAGCGAUCAAAUCACAGUAUCUGGUUGACUUCAUUGUAGAGUACAUUGACACCCCGGAAAUCCCUACAAAGUGGAAUCUUUACGUGGACGGCUCUUCAAAUAAAAUCGGGAGCGGAGCGGGCGUGAUAAUAGAAAGUAAUCAGGGAACCCAAAUCGAACUCUCACUAACGUUGGAGUUCUUUGCUUCCAAUAACCAGGCAGAGUAUGAGGCACUAUUGGCUGGUUUGAAGCUGGCUAAAGAAGUAGGAGCCCAAAAACUUGUCAUCUUUAGCGACUCACAGGUUGUCACCUCGCAAAUAGCAGGGACCUACCAAACCAAAUAUCCUGCUAUGAAAGAGUACCUGUACAAAACCAGGGAAUAA